AUGGUCGAUGAAGAACCAAUGCCUACUCGCUGGUCUUUCCAGGAGUUCAAAACGUAUUAUGAUGUUAGGCUUGGUAGGAAGAAACUGGAGGAGAAUGGUGAGACUGCUGAUAAAGUGGUCAGUAAUGGAAAUUCUUCUGGUGUAGCAUCUAAUGGCAAUUUUCAUGUCAGAGUAACACCAGAUAACGCUAUUUAUGAGCAGUUUCAAAGCCAGGGGAGGAAUCCAGUGCAUACAAAUGGUUUUGCACCAAGCAUUGUUAAUGAAAAGCCGCCUAAGUCUUUGCUUCCACCUUUGGAAUCUGCUGAAAUGCGUACUUUAGCAGAGAGCUUAAGUAGGGAUAUUAUUCGUGGGAACCCAAAUGUGAAGUGGGAAAGCAUCAAGGGGUUAGAGAAUGCCAAACGUUUACUAAAAGAAGCUGUAGUGAUGCCGAUUAAAUAUCCCAAGUACUUUACUGGUCUGUUAUCACCAUGGAAGGGCAUUCUUCUUUUUGGCCCCCCAGGGACAGGAAAGACAAUGCUUGCUAAGGCAGUUGCAACAGAGUGCAAUACUACAUUUUUUAAUAUUUCUGCAUCGUCUGUUGUCAGCAAAUGGCGAGGUGAUUCGGAGAAGUUAGUUAAGGUGUUAUUUGAGCUUGCAAGGCAUCAUGCGCCCGCAACAAUAUUUCUUGACGAAAUUGAUGCAAUCAUUAGUCAGCGUGGUGAGGCACGUAGUGAACACGAAGCAAGUAGACGGUUAAAAACUGAACUACUCAUUCAGAUGGAUGGUUUAACACGGACAGAUGAACUUGUUUUUGUUUUGGCGGCAACUAAUCUUCCCUGGGAAUUGGAUGCAGCCAUGCUUAGACGUCUUGAGAAGCGAAUCCUUGUACCACUUCCAGAACCAGAAGCAAGAAGAUCAAUGUUUGAGGAACUCCUUCCUCGGCAGCCUGACGAGGAACUGAUCCCCUAUGAUUUACUCGUGGACCGGACAGAAGGUUAUUCAGGCUCCGAUAUCCGCCUUCUUUGUAAAGAAACGGCAAUGCAGCCAUUGAGACGCUUAAUGUCACAACUUGAACAGGAACAAGAUGUGGUGCCGGAAGAAGAGUUGCCAAAAGUUGGGCCAGUCAGGCCUGAAGAUGUCGAGGCAGCUUUAAGGAACACACGGCCAUCUGCUCAUCUCCUUGCCCACAAAUACGACAAGUUUAAUGCUGAUUAUGGUAGUCAAAUACUUCAAUGA